AUGGAUAACACAUCUUCGUCCUCUUCUGAUUCAAAUAAAUAUCCAUCGUCUUCUUCAACUUCAACUAAACCAGUCAUUACAAAAACAAAAUCAAAUAAACGAAAAUCGAUCCUAGUUAUUGAUGAUUACAAUUUUCAGUUGAAAAAUUUUAAUAAAAAUAGAACAAUCAAAUUUUGGCGGUGUGCCAAUAGAACUUGUGGUAUGCUUUUACAUACGAACCCCAAUGAUGAAUUCUUACGUUACUCAGUAAGAGAGAAGGAUCAUACACAUUUACCAAAUUCAGCUGAAACCGAGAUACGAAAUUUAGGAGAAACAAUGAGGCAGAGAGUUGAAAUUGAUUUGGUACCGUUACACGUAAUGCCUGUAUCAGGUCAUAACUUAGUACAUACCCAUUGUAAAAUGAUUUCUACAAUACCAGCAUCGUCUUCUUUUUUAAUACCAGAAACAUAUACCAAAGAUUAUCUUAAUAAAGAAUGUUUAUUAAUAUAUGAUAGUAAUGAUCCCGAAUUUCAAAUCAAUCGGUCAGGAAGUGUACGUUCUGCAGGAAGAAUUUUAGUUUGGUCAUCAAAUGUUCAACUUCAGCUGUUAUUUGGUAGUGAAAUAUUGUACAUGGAUGGUACAUUCUAUACUGCUCCAUGA